CCAAACGGAUAAAACAUCAAACUCAAAGGGGCCUGCAAUUCUCACCCAAACACUACAACAAUGGCGGCUGCUUCUUCUACAUCUGCAUCAUCAACCCUUCUUCAUCCUCUUCACAACAACAACACUUCAUCAUUAUUACCAUCCACAACAACACUCCACCGUCGCUCAUCUUCUCUAUCCCUUAUUUCUUCCCGUAACACUUCACCCCUCAUCCAAUUUUCCCAAAAAGGGUUUGCAAAUCCGCUGUUUGUAGCGCCGGUUGAGAAGAAGAAAUCGCCGGUUCGAACAGAAGCUGUGAAGCAGUUGACCGGUUUUUUGACGAAAGCUGAGGGUUUUAGAUUUGCCAUUGUUGUUGCAAGGUUUAAUGAAAUUGUCACAAGGCCUUUGUUGGAGGGUGCUUUGGACACAUUUAACAAAUAUUCAGUGAGGGAAGAAGACAUUGAUGUCUUUUGGGUUCCUGGUAGUUUUGAGAUCGGGUUGGUUGCUCAAAAGCUUGGACAAUCAGGGAAAUACCACGCAAUCCUGUGUAUCGGAGCUGUGGUAAGAGGUGAUACUACUCACUAUGAUGCUGUUGCUAAUACAGCUGCAUCUGGAGUCCUUUCAGCUGGCAUUAAUUCAGGUGUUCCUUGCAUAUUUGGAGUCUUGACAUGUGAAGACAUGGAUCAGGCCUUAAAUCGUGCUGGUGGUAAAGCAGGGAACAAGGGCUCUGAGGCAGCUUUGACUGCUAUUGAAAUGGCAUCUCUUUUUGAGCAUCACCUGAAGGCGUAAUUGUUGCAUGAUGGUCUGUCUAAUCAUGCAAGAGGAACACGAGCCUGUCAUUUAAACUACUUAUAGAGUUGAUUAAUCCUUUUUUCCGCUCUUUUUUGCUUGUAAUAUGCAUGAAAAAUCACAAAAAAGGUAAGAAAAAAUAGUCUUGUGGUUUUGUUGAGUACAUGACAGAAUUCAACAUAAUAAUGGGGAGAAUCAAGUGGAGAAACUUGAGAAUGGAUGUUGACUUGAGCAAUUCGACAGAUGUUUGCCACAUUUCAGUCAUUUUAUUGCUUAUUUCGUUAUUGUCUAU